AUGUUGCAUUCACAGUUCAACACAGCCUAUGUAUUUCCCGAGACAUCUCAGUCAGCCAUUACUACCUCAGAGUCACACUUUGAAAGUCUACUGGUACCAGUACCGAUAAACGCGUUGGGCGGUGACCAUCAUCACACGCAGCUACUCUCACCCGCUCCUUCAUCGCCAAUGUCUAAUAAUAAUUUUGAGUUACGCGACUCACCAACUGCAGAUGAACUCGAUAUCCCAGAGUUCUUUCAAUACAGCAAGGAAAAAUAUGAGAGUGCAAAAUCAGGGAGUCGCAGGCGACGUAAAUCGACACGUGAUGAUUGUGAAACCGUCUCAUCCUUCGAUGGAGAUGAAGGAGAGGAUGGAAAUAGGCAAGUCCAUAUUCAGUCUGAACAAAAACGACGCGCAGAAAUCAAGGAUGGCUUCGAAGAGUUGCGAAGACAACUACCGGUCGGAUGUAAUGGUCGUAAAAUGAGCAAGGCUGCUCUUCUCCAACGAACCGUGACUCAUCUAAAGAAUACGAGAAAUAGGGAAACCUUUCUCGUCGAUGAGGUUACUCGUCUUCAUCACAUCUGUACUUACUUGAACGCAGAACUUGAAAAGGAAAAGAAGAUGAAUGCCGUAUAUAGGCAAAAAGAAACACUCGACAAAAUUUAUGGGAUUGGGCUCUGA